UGCAGGAACAGUCACUUCUCUUCCUUCUGCAGGUAACUUCAUUUCAACGAUGCUCAGUGCCCGACUUUGUUUCUUGCUGUUGCUGGGGAUCUUGGGAACAGCAACCUCAUUCCAGGCCCCACCUGCUGGUUUCACACGGGCUCAGUGGUUUGAAGUCCAACACAUAAAUAUGACGCACUCCCGAUGUGACAAUGCAAUGAGAGUGGUUAACAGAUAUAGAGGAUACUGCAAAGGGAAAAAUACUUUCCUUCAUGUAACCUUUGUGGAUGCUGUGAAUACCUGUCAUAAUCCAAAUAUACCCUGCACCGCAGGUGGUAGGCAAAAUUGCCAUCAGAGCUCAACCCAGGUGCUUUUAACUGACUGUGACCUCACGAGAAACAGUUCAAAUAUUAGGCAGUGCCAAUAUCGACAGAGAAGGAAAACUAAAUUCUAUGUAAUUGCCUGUGACCCAAGAUCUCCCCGGGACCCUCCUUCCUACCCUAUAGUUCCAGUUCACUUGAAUGGGACGGUUUAGCUCCUCUGCCAUCCCUCAUCUUACAAGCUCCUCAAUGUUAACCAAGAUCCCAUUCCUACAUCAACCCUGGAUAUCACCAUCUGCCCUCAUCACACAAGUCCUUGCGCCCUUCAAGGUUGGCUGAGUAGGGGCUGGCGCUGUGAUAUAGCGGGAAAAGCUGCUGCCUGCAGUGCCAGCAUACCAUAUGGGUGCCAGUUCAAGUUCCAGCUGCUUCACUUCCGAUCCAGCUCUCUGCUAUGGCCUGGGAAAGCAGUAGAAGAUGUCCCAAGUGCUUGGGUCCUUGUACCUGCACGGGAGACCCUGAAGAAGCUCCUGGCUCCUGGCUUUAGAUUGGCACAGCUCUGGCUGUUGAGGCCAUUUGGGGAGUGAACCAGUGGAUGGAAGCUUUCUCUCUAUCUCUGCCUCUGCAUCUCUGAAACUCUGCCUUUCAAAUAAAUAAAUCUUAAAAAAAGAAAAGAAAAAAAAAAGGUUGGCUGAGCUUAAAUGUUUUGCAGACUGCACAAUAAACUUUGCAGAAUCAUCUA